UUAUUAUUUUUAUAACAUAUCAACACUGAAUUUAUGAAAAAGACUUCGUUCCUGCUUCAUUUUAAAGGAACUUUUUUAUUAUGCGUUAAAAUAUAAAGAUUAUCUUUAUUUUGGUGAUUUUAUAUAUAGAUUUCGUCAAUAUAUAAUACAAAAUAAAUUGGCGGAAAUAUACAUUUCAUGUAUGAAAUGAUACUGUCAUUAUAUUGUUUAAUGAGGUUACGUCAGUAUAAAUGACAGUAUAUUAGUCAAAUAUAAAGUCAACCUAAAAGUCAUGUAAAAAAAAUAUUCAAAAAGAUUGGGAUUGAAACAUUUUGUUAAUUUCAAUUGUGAUACAUUACAAUAUAAAUACUUUGUGAGAAUUUAAUGAAUGAAGGCAAAACGAGAUAUUUUGCGGGGGGUCUUUACUGGGGUUAUUGUGACCCAAGUAGACCAAAAAUCCGCUUUAAUAGUAAGCUUUCGAUCAAGACUGCCAAUGUAAGACUGAAUUACUGAUGUAUGGAAUAAUUGUCUUUAACAUUAAAUACGGACAGCAUCAAUGGGAAACUGUUUUUCGUGUUUUAAGGUGUCUCUUCCACCAGCCACUGCCACUAGAUCUUCAUCAUUUGAUUAUAAGGACGAAACAAUGGAACUGAGAGGUUCAUUCUUAAAUUCUUGCCAACAAACUGGGUCUUUAGUGCCUGAAACACAUAUAAAUGGAAACAGAAAAUCAGUAACUACACUAUCAACAUUCAACAAUGUAGGAUCUGAUAAUUGUGGAUCUAUGCCUAUUGUACAAAAUAAUUUGCGUUCAUCAAAAGGAUUUUAUGCACGAUUAUCACCAUUGGGUAAAUCUGGAACAUCAUCUGGUCUUAAUACAACUACUGAAUCAAAACAACAGAAAGAACCAUCAGAAAAUAAGUUAAAUACUUUAUUUGAUCAAUAUAAGGAUUCACAUGAAGAUGUAAUUUUAGCUGAUGGUAUAGAAAGAUUUUGUAAUGAUUUACAAUUGUCACCAGAUGAAUUUAAAGUACUUGUUCUUGCUUGGAAAUUGAAUGCUAAACAGAUGUGCCAAUUUACACGUCAAGAAUUUGUAACAGGUUUGAAAGUGAUGAAAGUAGACAGUAUACGUGGUAUACAAGCAAGAUUACCUGAAAUCAUUCAAGAAUUAACUGUAAACAAUGAUUUAUUUAAAGAUCUCUAUCGAUUUACAUUCCGAUUCGGUUUAGAUGUUAAUUCUGGUCAAAGAAUAUUACCAGCUGAUAUGGCAAUUGUUUUAUGGAAACUUGUUUUUACAAUACGUGAACCACCUCUUUUGUCAAAAUGGCUUAAAUUUCUUGAAUGCCAUCAUGUUCGAGGCAUACCUAGAGAUACAUGGAAUAUGUUUUUAAAUUUUGCUGAAAGUAUUGGCAAUGAUCUUAGCAUUUAUGAUGAUGCAGAAGCAUGGCCAAGUUUAUUUGAUGAUUUUGUAGAAUAUGAAAAUGAUCAAAUGAACCAAAAUAUCAGUAAAGAUGAUAUGAAGGAUGCUUCUAUUGAUAAUUAAUAAUAAUAGGAAAAACUAAUUAUAAACAAAUAUUCUCAUUAUAUAUUUAAUCUCUGAACAUAAUUAUUUAAAAUUGUUUGACACUGAAAUGAGAAAAAUAUUCAUCUUAUAGUAUUUUUUAUUUAUUUCUUUAUUUUUUCAUUAUGCACUAUCUAAUAAGAAAAAUGAUUAAAUAAAUUGCUCUAAUAAAAUUAUUGUUCAAAAAAUUUUAUUCAGGGAUACAUAAAUUGAUAUAUUUAAUAAACAUAUUAGAAAACAAUUUCUAAUCUAAAUUUGCAAUACAUAGUAGUAUGAAUCUAUAUAACUUUUUAAACAUUCAUAUUUUUAAAAUUUUUCAAGAUAUUGGUAUAUAGAGUAUCCAUUUCAAUUUUUAAGUCUAAUUAUCUCCCAAAUUAUCAAUUAUUUUAAAAAAUAUUUGAAAUAAAAUAACAUUGUUUUGAGGGAAACAUAAAAUAUUUAUAAUUAUAAAUCUUCUUCAGAUAAUUUGCUUCUGAAAUUUUUAGAUGGCUUUUGUUUUUUUAUGAUAUAAUUAUUAAUUCAUUUAUUGAUAAUAUACAUCUAUAUAAAAAAGAUUCUGUAAAAAAAAGUACUAAUCCAUAUAUAUGAAAGAUAAAUAAGAAUAUAAGAAAGAUAUAAAAAAAGCACAAAUAAAAACAAAAAAAAAGAUAAAUAUCAAUGUUUUAAAUGUUUUUUGUUUUUCAUUAAUAUAUUAAUAUAAUAUAUUUUUACAAAAUUUAAGUUAAAAUAUCUUCUAAACUAAUGAUUUUUCGAAAUAUAUGGCUUAAUACUUUUUUAAAGAUAAUAUUAUGUAUAUAUAUAUAUAUUAUAUAUAUAUAUAUAAUGAAAUGCAUUAAUUAAAAUGCAUUAAAAAUUAUAUAAUUUCAUUUAAAAAAAUAAAGAUCAACUUGAAGUUUCGAAAGCGUAUUCAUUUAAAAAAGACUUGAAAUCAAAAUGUUUCUUUCGAAGCAAUAUAAAUUUCAUCUUAAACAUUUUUUGAUAUUUUUAUAAUUUGAGAGAUAAUGCGUAUGAAAUGAGAUACUAAAAAAAAAAAAAAAAAAAAAAACAGAAUAUAAGAAAGUAAAAGAAAGAAAUUUUAUAUAAAAAUAAUAAAUUAAAAUAAUUUAAAAUUUAUUUAAUAUCUCAUUUAUAUACAAUAUAUAUGUCAUAAUUUUAUUUAAAACUAGUAUAAAUAUACUACUGUAAAGCAAAUUUGGUUAUUUGUAAUCAUGAUUUAUGAUAUUACUUUAAACAAAUGUAUGAUUUAUUUAAAUUAUGUUCCUAUUUAUUUUUUAAAUAUCAAUAAUUGAACUUUGACCAUGAUUGAAAUCAUCAUCAAAACUAUUAAAUUUUAUUUUAAAUAUACUUGAUUAUAUAUGUAUAUAGUGCCAUGUCUUUCGAAAACAUUAAAAAAUUAAAAAAAUUAUAAAAAUUAAUGAUAAUAUAUCAUUGAAUAAUUAUAUGAAAUGUUAAUAUUUUUACAAAAAUAAGCUAUAUAUUUACAAUUUUGAUCAUCAAAAACAAUUUUUAACGUCAUAUAAAUUUUAAAAAUUAAUUUUAGUAAUAUUUCUAAAAUAUUAAAAAUAUGUUUAAACCUAUUUCAUUUUUAAUAUCCUUCUCUAUUUAUCAAAAGAACAAGGCAAAAGAUAACAAAUAUAUAAAAUAAAAUAUGAUUUUAAAAAUAAUUUGCAUAGAGGAUCUUUUUAUGUAAUAUAAUAUAUUGGAAAUGAAUAAAACCAUCAGCAAUAUAGUAUGUUUUAUUUAAGUAAAAUAAAAUAAAAAUUCAAUUCAUUGCGAUUAAUAUAUUGAUGAAUAGAAACUUUAUUCUAAAUUCAAUGUAUAAAAAAUAUAUAAUUAUAUGUAAUUAAAAAGUAAUUGUUUUCAUAUAGUUAUAAUAAAAAAUAUUAUUAUUCAAAAGUUUAUGUAAUAUAUAUGUAUAAAGUAUAUUAAAAACUAUAAAUUAUAAUUUAAGAAAAACAAAAAAUAAUAAA